AUGAGCCCCCUGCCCGCCGGCAACGGCAGCGCCUGGGGGGCUGCGGCGCUGGGAGGCGGCAACAACUGCAGCGGGGCCACCAGCCUGAGCCGGCAAUGGGCCAUGGGGGCCGCCCUGAGCCUGACGGUGCUGGUGAUCGUGGCCGGCAACUCCCUGGUGAUCGUGGCCAUCGCCAAAACGCCGAGGUUGCAGACCAUGACCAACGUCUUCAUCACCUCGCUGGCCUGCGCCGACCUCAUCAUGGGCUUGCUGGUGGUGCCACCGGGGGCCACCAUCCUGCUGAGUGGCCACUGGCCCUACGGGACGACGGUGUGCGAGCUGUGGACCUCGCUGGACGUGCUGUGUGUGACCGCCAGCAUCGAGACCCUGUGUGCCAUCGCCGUGGAUCGCUACCUGGCCGUCACCUCCCCGCUGCAGUACGAGGUGAUGGUGACCAAAGGGAGGGCACGGGCCGUGGUGUGCCUGGUCUGGGCCAUCUCUGCCUUCAUCUCCUUCCUCCCCAUCAUGAACCACUGGUGGCGGGACGGGGCGGACGAGCAGGCGGCGCGCUGCUACGACGACCCGCGGUGCUGCGACUUCGUCACCAACAUGACCUACGCCAUCAUCUCCUCCACCAUCUCCUUCUACGUCCCCCUCCUGGUCAUGAUCUUUGUCUACGUCCGUGUCUUCGCCGUGGCCACCCGGCACGUCCGGCUCAUCGGCAAGGCCAAGGUGAGGUUCCUCCAGGAACCCCCCCAAUCCCAGCCCCGGGGGCGGCGGGCGGCACGGCGGCGACCUUCCCGUCUGUUGGCCAUCAAGGAGCACAAAGCUCUCAAGACUUUGGGCAUCAUCAUGGGCACCUUCACCCUCUGCUGGUUGCCUUUCUUCGUGGCCAACAUCAUCAAGGUUUUCUGCCGCCCCUUGGUGUCAGAUCAGCUCUUCCUCUUCCUCAACUGGUUGGGCUACGUCAACUCGGCCUUCAACCCCAUCAUCUACUGCCGCAGCCCCGACUUCAGGACUGCCUUCCGCAAGCUCCUCUGCUGCCCCCGCCGCGCCGACCGCCGCCUCCACGCCGUCUCCCGGGACCUCCAGAGCUGCCCCUGUGCCUUCAGCCCCCCCGGGGACCCUGCAGAGGACAGCAAACCCCCCAGGGAGGACAGAGAAGCUCAGGACAGCGGUGGCAGUGCUGGAGGUGGCAGCCAAAUGAAGGAGAACAGCCUGUCCCAGGGUAGUGGCCAGCAGCCCGUGGGCGAGUGCCAGCCACAGGGCACCCAGCCCAUGCUGCCCUCACAGUUUGAUGAGUAG